AUGGCUAAAAAUAAAAGAUUACAAGAAUCUAUUAAGAAGAGGACCGCUGAAAAAAGAAAGCAUGAAGAUAUUCUUUUAGAGAGUGGUUCAUUCAAGGAUAUCGGUGAACUAUCUGCGGAAAUUACAGAUACAUCAUAUAGUGGCACCAGAAAGAAACGUCGUUCCUCUUGGGAUAGUGAAGAACAAGAAUAUGAAUUAAAGCCAAGAAAAUUGCAAAACGAAGAGGAGGAUAUGGUGGACAGUUUACCUAUUAAGAUUGAUGGUAAGGUGGCUAGAAAUUUGGUUAAGAGGCAAAAAAAGACACAAGAUAAUAAUAAAGAAAAUGAUGAGGAAUCCUUUUCUUCAGAAAGUGAUAUAUCUGAUACUGAAGAACAAAAUAUAGAUCACGAUGAUGAAAAAGAUGAAAAUGAGCCAGAUACAGAAGAAACCAUAGUUGCUUUGAAAGAAGAGAUUGCAGAGUUAGUUGAAAAAGUCAUGGAAGAUCCAGAGGAACAUUAUGCUUCACUAACUCGCUUGGUUAAAAUGGCCCAUUCUAAAAAUCCAAAUACUUGUAAAUUUGCUAUGUUAGCCUUAGUUCCCGUCUUUAACAGUGUUAUUCCUGGUUAUAGAAUUAGACCAUUAACUGAAUUAGAGAAGAAGGAAAAAGUGUCUAAAGAUGUGGCUCGAUUAAGAAAUUUUGAACAAAAUUUAGUAGUAAAUUAUAAAAACUACGUUGGUCUUUUGGGAAAAUUGGCGAAGAUCCCAAAUAAUUCAACACCAAUUAAGGUGGCUUUAGGUAAUUUAGCCAUGAAUGCAGUAAAUACUUUGAUACCUAAUGUUUCUCAUUUCAAUUUCAGAAGUGAUUUACUGGCAAUUUUGAUUCGCCGUGUUUGUAAACCAAGUAUUUCUUCUGAUCCAACUGCAAUCCAAUCUAUUAAAACUAUUGAGACAUUAUUUACAGGAGACGAUGAGGGUACAAUAUCUGUAGAAGUGAUUAGAAUAUUUUGUAAGGUUGUGAAAGUAAGGAAUUAUAACAUUGAGGAAUCUGUACUUAACACAUUACUAUCAUUAGAUGUAUUGCAUGAUUAUGAUCCAAACUCAAAAGAGGAAACUGAUAACUAUAAGCCAAUGAAACUUAAAAAGAAAAAUAGAAUUCAUUUGUCAAAGAAGGAAAGAAAAGCAAGAAAAGAAAUGAAGGAGAUCGAAGAAGAAAUGCGUAAGGCUGAAUUGGCUGUAUCUGCUGAAGAAAGAGAACGGAAUCAAGCAGAAAUUUUGAAAGCUAUUUUAACACUGUAUUUGAACGUUUUGAAAAGUGGGAAUACCAGAUUGAUUGGUUCAGUGCUUGAAGGUUUAUCGAAGUUUGGUAAUAUGGCCAAUUUUGAUCUAUUAGGAGAUUUUCUUGAAGUCAUGAAAGAGAUUAUUUAUGAAGCAGAAUUAGAUAAUUUAUCAUCUGAGGAAGUACGAAAAGUGCUAUUAUGCAUUGUUACAGCUUUCUCUUUAAUAUCAAAUAAUACUCACAUGAAAGUAAAUAUUGAUUUAUCUAAAUUUGUGGAUGCACUGUAUUCUCUGUUAAGAUAUGUGGCAUUGGAUGCCGAUAUUGAACUAUCUUAUAAAUCUUUAAGAUUAGCUGAUCCAUUAAAUAUAGAAAUUGUAAAGCCCUCUGUUAAUGUUUCCACAAAAGCAGAGUUAUUAUUAAAGGCAUUAGAUCAUGUCUUCUUUAGAAGUAAAUCAGGUACAAGAGAAAGAGCAUCUGCAUUUACUAAGAGAUUGUACAUGUGUAUGAUGCAUACUCCAGAAAAAACUACAAUUGCUCUUUUGAGAUUUAUUGAUAAAUUGAUGAAUAAAUAUCCAGAAAUUGGAGGUUUGUAUUCCACGGAAGAUAGGAUUACCAAUGGUAAAUUCAACAUGGAGACAGAUUCUAUUUCAAAAAGUAAUCCAGACGCAGCUACUUUAUGGGAAAAUCAUCUUCUUUCAAAACAUUACUGCCCAGGUGUCAUAAAUGGAAUUAGAGCAUUAUCAAAGAGAUCAAAAGAAUAUUCUUCUUGA